AUGGGGAAUCAGAGUUCAACAAGUUCACAUGAAACAGAAUCAGUUACAAUCGAAGUGCAAAAUGACAAAAAUCAGUCUGUCACAAAUAUACGAUAUCAGUCAGAUCGAAAUACAGGUAGUUCAAACGAUAAAACAGGUCCUCCAAUCACAGUUAUACUCCAAGGUGUAGAUCCACAGAAUGAUCCUGCCACACGUAUACCUAAUAUAUCAAUUCGAAAUACAGGUAGUUCAAACGAUAAAACAGGUCCUCCAAUCACAGUUAUACUCCAAGGUGUAGAUCCACAGAAUGAUCCUGCCACACGUAUACCUAAUAUAUCAAUUCGAAAUACAGGUAGUUCAAACGAUAAAACAGGUCCUCCAAUCACAGUUAUACUCCAAGGUGUUGAUCCGCAGAAUGAUCCUGCCACACGUAUACCUAAUAUAUCAAUUCGAAAUACAGGUAGUUCAAACGAUAAAACAGGUCCUCCAAUCACAGUUAUUGAUCAGGUUAAUUAUCCUGCUACAAAUAUAAUUUAUAAGUCAGUUCAAACUGCUGAUGUUUCACAAGCGAAAACACGUUCUCAAUCUACAGUGAGUCAUAUACCGGAAAGUCGUCCUGGUACCAGUAAACGUGAUCAGUCAAUUCAAACUGCUCAAACAAGUACACACUUCAGAGUUAUUGAUCAGGUUAAUUAUCCUGCUACAAAUAUAAUUUAUAAGUCAGUUCAAACUGCUGAUGUUUCACAAGCGAAAACACGUUCUCAAUCUACAGUGAGUCAUAUACCGGAAAGUCGUCCUGGUACCAGUAAACGUGAUCAGUCAAUUCAAACUGCUCAAACAAGUACACACUUCAGAGUUAUUGAUCAGGUUAAUUAUCCUGCUACAAAUAUAAUUUAUAAGUCAGUUCAAACUGCUGAUGUUUCACAAGCGAAAACACGUUCUCAAUCUACAGUGAGUCAUAUACCGGAAAGUCGUCCUGGUACCAGUAAACGUGAUCAGUCAAUUCAAACUGCUCAAACAAGUACACACUUCAGAGCUAUUCAGACUGUGAAUCCUCCUGCAGAUGCCAGUGUACAAGUGGAUCUUUUAACACGAUCACAAUCAGAAGUAACUCGAACAGAACCAGAAAUUGCAUUGGAAAUAUCGAAUCCACCGACUUCAGUAGAUGCCUCAGUGGAAUCUGUUGAACAAUCUGGAAUUCGCGAACAACCUGCUGACGCUUUUAAUACACUUCGUAUCUAUCUAUUAAAUCUAUUGCCAAUCAGUGUUUUAUCCGAUGAGUCAAGCUUGAAGAAACUAAGCCAUUGUUUAAUAUGCAUGGAAAAUUAUCAUAUCGGUGAUCGUGUCAUGGGAUUGCCGUGUUUUCAUAUGUUUCAUCAUAGAUGUUUGUGCACAUGGACUGAAGAGAAUUUACAGUGUCCAGUGUGUCGAAUACCAAUCUAUAUAGUGAACUAA